AUGAUUCAUGAUAAGGUAAAGAAAGCACAAGAUCGUCAAAAGACUUAUGAAGAUAAUAGAAGGAGACCAUUAGAAUUUGAGGAAGGUGGUCAUGUAUUUUUGAAGGUUACUCUAAGAUUGAGAUUGAAAGGACCGUGUAAGUCACAUGAGUUAAGUCCAAGAUACGUAGGACCAUAUCAGAUUAUAGACAUGAUUGGUGAAGUAGCUUACAUAUUAGCCUUGCCACCUUCUCUAUAUAAGAUGCAUGAUGUCUUUCACGUAUCUCUACUCCGAAAGUUCAUUGCUGAUUCUCUCCAACAUAUUCUCCCAGACUCAGCGGAAGUCGAACUAGACCUAACCUUUACACCUCAACCAAGUCGUAUUGUGGGAAGAGAAACUAAGGUGUUGAGAACAAGGAGAUUCUUCUUAUUAAAGUUUAGUGGGAAGAAUCAGAUCCGGGCGAUACUACUUGGAAGCUUGAGUCUGAUAUGCGAGAAGCUUACCCUCAUCUUUUUCGGUAACCUUUAA